GGAUACGGCCUUCUCCAUGGCGCCGCUGGGCACGAGGGGUCGGAGGGGAGGCGCUUACGACUGGACGGGCGCGACUUUGAGGGGGGUUCACAAUGCCACGAAAAUAGACGCACGAACAUGAGCCUGCGCCCGAACAUGUGCAGCAGGAUUAUAGGCGCAAAUUUGUUGUGUACCGUUACAUUGUUGUCGGCCAGAAGGUCGACAACAGGGGGGUUAGUAUGCUACGGUGCACCUUCUGCAAUAAGGUGUUUCAGGGAACCCAAUUCUACGCAACGAAACACUUCACCCAACAGAAUUAUUGCAAGAAGGUGUCCGACGAUGCAUUGUACCAGAUUGCGCAGAAAUGCACACACCGCUUCGAGGCCAAUCAGGUAGAGAGGGUGCGGCGGUUCGCACACGAGCGUGGUCUCGAUGUCCCGCGGUCUGGUGCGAUGGGUGGCGAGGCGGAGCGUCCUGCACAGGGCGUGGGCGAGGGAGAGGAUACCGAGCGUUACGCGGAGGGAGGUGUUGCGAGAUAUGGGGAGGGUGCGGGUGCCGCGGAGGAGGACGAGGCAGACGUUGACCUCGAGGUUGGCAUGGCUGAGGGGGAGCGGACACCGAGGGGAGAGGGGGGAGUGCCGAAGUCCGAUCCGAUGGCUCGUCAGAGGACGGUGGACAGGGAGCGGAGGUGCGGGAAGAAGCCCGUCCCGCCUGAGACGGCAUGCACGUCGAGUUUUUCGAAGAGUGCUGUUCCUGAUAGAGCAUGCACGCUGGGUUCUUCGAAGAGGAAGGAGCGGGGUGCACAUCUUUCUGCCACCAAUGCAGGGAAGAGGCUGCGGCAACAGAAAAUAAUGGACACGUAUGGUGGCGAGUGGAUUGGUCAGUGGAGGAAGGCAUUCUUUCGCUGGGUGUAUUCCAGCGGGAUUGCCCUCAAUGCCUUCCGCAACACGCUGUAUCGGGACCUCCAACAGGUUGCUUUUCGGCAACCUGGUGGAGCACCUCUUCCCGUGCUUACAUCCCACAGUGAGAUCGCAAGCAUGCUAGCUGUGGAGAUCCACCGCGAGGAGUUGGCGGAGGAGUUGGAGGAGGUUAGGCAGCCAUUAUGGGAUCGUUUGCGUGAUCCCAUUGGGUCUUCUGCGCCGCCCCUUGUUGAGUCUGUUUUCGGUGCUCAUGCAACUAUCUUCGGCGUGCUGCCAUCAGAGGUUGAGAGAGAGGACGACGUGGUGAGGACGCAGGUUGAGAGAGAGGAGGGCAUGGCAGGGGUAGAUGAUGGUGAUGCCCAGGUUGAGAUAGAGGAGGACGUGGUGAGGGCAGAUGCUGCUGUGUUGGUUGGGGGAGAGGAGGGUGUGGUAGGGGGGGGCGUCGCCCAUGGUAGAAGAGAGGGAGGGGACGACCUUGACCCGAUCAUCCAGCGUUUCGUCGAUGACGAGAUGGGUCCCACACUAGCGGGUUUGACCCCGGGCACGAGGAGGGCACUGGGGGCGUCGCCAUCAGGACAGAGGGGGGUGUCAGGGCUGGGGAUGGGGGAUUUCAUGGACAUGUCUUUGGGGGAUCCUCCCAACCCUAGUCACACACAGAGAGAGGAUAUGGCGCGUGCCCUAGCGGCCGCUGGGUACUCCACAGAAGAGAUCGAGCAGGCAUUUGCAGGACGCUCCGGGAGAGAGACAGACACGCUUCAGCAAGGGUGCGAGGAGGUAGUAGAGCAGCCACAGGAGGAGCAUGAGGAUGCACCCGCUGCAGAUAUCCCCGGAGGUAGAAGUUCGUUGGUACCGUUCACGGGCUUGCAGAUGACGACGACAAUGCGGCCAGUUCGACCGUGUGUACAGGGUUCAGGUCCUGGGGAGGUGGCAUCUGUUCAGGUACCACCGCUCAUAGUCGUGGAUUUCGGAUCUGAGUCAGCGCUUCAUACACCGGUUACUGGGCGGCGAGCUCGUCAGGAUACAGCUCGCCCAUUGGAUUUCGCGGAGCUCGCACGGGCUGCUCUGCGUGAUGUGACACGGCAGGAGGACACCGACCAUAGCAGACCACUCAUGCCUCCUCCUCCUCCGAGAUCACUUCACAGCGAUUCCCCCUCGACACCAGUCGGUCGCCCCCCCCCUUCACCAUCCAUGCCCACCAGACCCAAGGUUCGUGACAUGACGGCCGUAGGGAGCCUCCCUCUUGACAUGUCGCUAUUCGGGAGCACGGACAUCGACCUGGACUCCAUGCGUCGGGUCACAGUGCACACUGCACGACAGCAGCCAGGUUUGGGUGGGGAUGACACCGGGAGGGGUGCACCGAGGGAGGUCAUGGCGGCAGUAUCUCAGCCGCGACAUGUUUGUGGGGUUGGAGAGGGCGGGUGUACCUUGCAGGCCGCUUUGGCAGCAGCAGCACAUGCUGUGCAUGACCAGACUUCGCGCAGGAGCGGAGUAGCUCGUCCGCGUCUCAUGCCUGCCGCGGUGGGUGCCUCAUUGGAGGAGUCUUCUGAAGCCGAAGGGUUGGGGAUGGCGCGCGGUUCACGUCGUGAGAAGACAGUCGCAGAGGUGACUCAGGUGAGUGCUAGGCUUGUUCGGGUGAGGACGGGGGCUGACCCUGUGACCGUGGUGGAGGAUGAUCCCGAGACGGAGCCUGAACGUGAGGAGGCCCCACAAGAGGGUGACGAGUACAGGGACGACGAGGAGCGUGAGGAGGAGGAGAGCGACAGCGGGGAUGAUGACAGCUACCACGACGACGACGAGCCCUCCCCUCCACCGCGGUAUGGUUCUCGUAAACGACGUGGCUCUCGUAGACGACACGAUGACGUCGACGACCCGUCCCCUCCAGGGCGGCGGGAGGCGAGGAGUCAGAGGAGGCGAGGGUCAUCCGUUGCGACAGCGCCGGGGCGAGGGAGUGUUUCAUCGACAUGCAACACGAGUGGGGAGAGGCAGAGAGACAGUGGUAAGGGGAAGGGAGGUCGACGGUAUUGACAACUUCGUUCCCCUUCCACGACGCCUUUAUGUUGUUUGUGCUCAGUGUUCUGACGUUUUUGUAUAUUGUUUAGGAUGAUGUACAUAUAGUUACGUUUUAGGAACU